AUGAAUCGAUGGAUUCACAGCGAAUCGAUUGCAGAAUUUCCUAGGAUUGAAGAAUCAGACGAACUUAAGACCGCAUUAUUAGUUAGCCAGUUAGUUGCAGUCCUAUACUUACAGAUUUCAGUGACUGACCGUUCUUAUCCGUACAACUGUACGGAGGAUUCUAAUGCGAGCAGUUUAACACUUUGUGACUUCGUAGGAUUUGUGGCAUCAGAACGUCCUAGCACCGUACCGAUAACUAUCCAGUAA